AUGCAAUGUUCUAGCUCACCGCGGAGAAGCAGCCGGAGCGGGAAGAGCCAACAGGAGCCUGCCCAGAUGACUGUGACCACGAUGGAGGCGCAGGUCAAGGCAGCACACCAUCACCAUAACCAUCAUCAUAAUCACGGAGGAGGAGCCCAGCACAAGGACGAGGAGGAAGAUCCGCCCGUCGAGGACGAAAUGACCGUACUGCUGGCCAACAAGAACUAUCACUAUGAGGUCCCCUCCGAGCUGGACGACGAAGCCUUUGUUGAGCUUAAAGAGGAUACGCAAGCCGCAGGCGCUGGCUUCUACAAUCCGGAUGAGCUGCUUCUCGAGGAGCAACCGCAUCCACAAGUCACCUGGCUAGACGAUGACGAGAUCGAGACAUUAGAUCGCGUCACCCUGGACAUGGGCAACAUGUUCUUCAACCGGGUUGACAGCCAGGACAUCAUCUAUCAGCAAAAAAAGAAGAACAUCAAGAUGGUGGGCAAGUACAUAAUGGGCGAUGUCCUCGGCGAGGGUUCCUACGGCAAGGUGAAGGAGGCCAUGAACUCAGAGAACCUCUGCCGGCUGGCGGUGAAGAUCCUGACUAAGCGUAAGCUUCGCAGGAUCCCAAACGGCGAACAGAAUGUCACGCGGGAGAUCGCUUUGCUGAAGCAGCUGAAGCACCACAAUGUCGUGGAGCUGGUGGAUGUCCUGUACAACGAGGAGAAGCAGAAGAUGUACCUGGUGAUGGAGUAUUGCGUCGGCGGGCUGCAGGAAAUGGUGGACUUUCAGCCUGACAAGAGGAUGCCACUCUUCCAGGCGCACGGUUACUUUCAGCAACUCGUCGACGGACUCGAGUAUCUGCACAGCUGCCGGGUGAUCCACAAGGACAUCAAGCCGGGCAAUCUGCUGCUCUCCCUAGAUCAGACGCUAAAGAUAUCCGACUUCGGAGUGGCCGAGCAACUGGAUCUGUUCUCGCCCGACGACACGUGCACAACGGGCCAGGGAUCUCCGGCCUUCCAGCCACCGGAGAUCGCCAACGGGCACGAGACCUUCGCCGGAUUCAAGGUGGACAUAUGGAGUAGCGGAGUGACAUUAUACAACCUGGCUACUGGACAGUAUCCCUUCGAGGGCGACAACAUAUACCGGCUGCUGGAGAACAUAGGGCGAGGUCAGUGGGAGGCGCCUGAUUGGCUCUACGAGAUGGAUGCAGACUUCGCCAAGUUAAUCUUGGGAAUGCUGCAGGCUGAUCCCAGCAAACGGCUCUCCUUGCAGGAGAUUCGCCACGACACUUGGUUCAUGUCCGCCCCACCGGUGACCGGCCCACCGAUACCCAUUCCCCCGCUGAAGGGCGACAAGUACCGCAACUCCACAGUGAUACCUUACCUGGAGGCCUACCACUACGGCGAUCAGGACCAGGAGGAUGUCUACUUCACCGAGCACGACGUUAAUCAGGAGCUCGCCCGCCAAGCGGCAGCUGCGGCAUCCGAAAUCCGGGCCAAGCAGUCGGCGGCAGCACAUGCCGCCUGCCACGCCUACGAGCCGCCUUCCACAAGUGCUGCCGCCGCCGCAGCCUCCUCCGGAAACCCACUGGGUAAUGGAAGCAGGGAGGAGGCGCCAGUCAAAAAGAAGGGAUCGGCGCUGAAGCGACGAGCCAAGAAGCUGACGUCCUGCAUCUCCGUGCGCAAGCUGAGCCACUGCCGGACUUCGUAGGCGCAAACCAAUUGCCGCCACUAAACUUAGAUGCUAAGAGUAAUCGAAAGGAAUAACUUUGUUAACAAAUUGUGAGGAACUUUUUGGUUUUGUUUUCCCCUUUUUUGUUGUCCUACAUUCGCCAAGUAUUUGUAACCAUAGAACCAUGUAGGAAUGCCAGGAGCACCCUGGACGCCCGAACGAUUGGAGCAUCAGCAGAGACUCAAAGUUAGCUGAUGUGAGCAGUUACUUUUUAUGGGAAAGGAGGGGGAGCGAUCGGGCGACACGAAAGCUAUAUAUCCAUGUGACAAUACUGUGUAUUAUAUGAAACAAAUGAAAGCGUAAAUUAGUCGUUAAUAUAUGAUGUACUGAAAGGCGGCGGAGGAUUGCCGGAUCGAGAUGGUGCCCCAUCGGUUCGCACACAUAAAGAAACAUGUUCAAGUGAAAUUGUUGUUGGCUUCGUUAUAUUCUAAAACAAACUACACACACAAAUGAUGCGAUUUUCAGGCGCCGUCGGUACAAUAACUGCUGGACAGUAUUUGCAAGGCCUAGGUUGAGAUUUUAAUUUUUACAAACCAAUGAAACGAAAAUAAAAGAACCCAUUGAAGAUCAAAAUACAAA